AUGUGCGGUAGUCAGGAAUUACCGCGCGAUGCUGACACUAAGCUCACUGCAGCGAGUAUUGGACUGGUGUCGGGCGAUCGUCUUAGACUUAUCAUCGCAAACGAACCAGAUNNNNAACCGCAAUCGCCUUCGAAUUCAAUGGAGCUCCAAAAUGAGUUAGCUCCGCAAGAAUUCAAAACCGAGCAGCAGCAAAAAGAUUCCCGUGAAGAGGACGAAAGCUCGAUCACAUCGAUCGUCAUCAACGAAUUGAAGAAAAACGGAUUCUAUGUGAGUGCCUGCCUUCCAGAAGGAUCGUGCUGA